AUGGACACACCUCUAUCAGGAGACAAACUCAACGAAGAGAGAGCUUUCGUCAAGAGGUACACUGAAGGUUUGGCAGAUACAAAGGUCGAAUAUCCAGCGGAUUAUUCUGCUCCUCUUGAGGACAGACCGAGAAAGGUGGCUACGGUCAAUGUCCCCGUUGCUGAACCUCCAACCUUGAUGGAAGUCGAUUCUGGACCUUCUCAUGACACCAUCACCCUCACUGUGAAAUCACUCAAACCUUCCCUCAGCGUCAACGUCAAGGCCCAAACCACCGAUACCAUAUCCGAUCUCAAAUCUCUCGUCUGUAAAGCCGCUCCCACCGCCCCUCCUCCCGAUCAACAACGUUUAUUGCUCAAGGGCAAAGCGUUGGUCGAUACGAAGCUGUUGAAAGAAUACGACAUUCAAGAUGGCGCCGUCGUUCAUCUUCUUCUCAAGCCUGCAGGUCCUCCACCCCCGACUCUGACAAUAACCACUUCAAUGGCCGAUGACAGUUCACCCGGAACGUCCAGACCGCUUCAGGUCAGUGACGCACCACCACUCGGUCCACAGGCAGAAGUGUCAAGCAGCACGUUUCACAGGACCGUCUCGGAUCCCACGUUUUGGCAGAAGAUCCAUGCGUUAUGUGUGAGCGAGUUUGCUUAUGAAGAUGAAGGGGAUGCAUGUUGGGAAUUGUUCUUGUUGAGCGUCAAGGGGAAACUCAGCGCGGGAGAGGCGGCAAAGAUAAGGGAUGUGGUCGGGGUCAGAGGUAUGGGAGGAGGAGCUUAGAGAUUGAUUGCUGUUCAUUUGUAAAAGGAGAUUAUACUCUUCACUCUGCACCAUGCACGUCCAUGUCAC